AUGAGAGCACUUUCCCGCCUGCCACGGGGUUUCCCCGCAAAUACCCACGUACUCCAUCGCCGACCCACACUCCCACAGCCGGUAGUCUGUCAACGCUCGAGGGUCGCACGGUUGAAUAGCUCAAGCUCGAGCGGCAAUGAUCGUGAAAAACGUGGGGAUGAUGCAAAACCCGAGCCUCCUACUGAUUCAUCAAAUCCUUGGACCGCGAGUCGAACACUCCUUGUCUCUGCCCUGGCCGCCGGACUCAGCUACGCCUACGCAACCUUAAACAAUAAGCCCCAACCGGAGAGUCUGAAGCAACCUCAGUAUGGAUCUACAGAAGAUCUUAAGAAGGUGGGGGCAUUCACAGAUUUACUCUUCGAUGCCAUUGUCGAAUUAAGAGCCAAGUUGGGCGAUGAGGCUAUUAGCACAGAUGAGGAUGACCUUCAGGUACACGGAUUCUCAGAGUGGUCUAGUGUCAACGCGGACCGGUUCCCUGUUGCUAUCGCGUAUCCGAAGAGCACGGAGGACGUCGCGGAGAUUGCCAAAAUUUGUCACAAAUACAAAAUGCCAAUGAUUCCCUAUUCGGGAGGUUCCAGUCUUGAGGCCAAUUUCUCUGCUGUCCAUGGUGGCCUAACGAUUGAUUUUGGCUCAAUGAACAAAAUACUGGAGCUUCACGAAGACGAUAUGGAUGUGGUCGUCCAACCGUCCAUCCAAUGGAUGGAGUUGAACGAAAAAAUUAAGGACUCUGGCCUCUUCUUUCCUGUUGAUCCCGGCCCUUCAGCGAUGAUCGGUGGAAUGAUUGGGACCAAUUGCAGUGGGACCAAUGCAGUGAGGUAUGGUACAAUGAAAGAUUGGGUCAUUAACCUUACAGUUGUUCUGGCAGAUGGGCGCAUCGUGAAGACGCGCAGACGUCCGCGCAAGACUUCUGCUGGCUACAACUUGACAGGCAUGUUUGUAGGGUCUGAGGGAACGCUUGGUAUAGUCACCGAGGCGACUCUCAAAUUGACACCGAUCCCAGAGGAAACUCGUGUCGGUGUCGUCACAUUUCCUACAAUGCGCGACGCUGCAUCUACUGCCAUGCUGCUCAUACGAAAAGGUAUCCCUGUACAGUGUAUGGAAAUUUUGGACGAUGUUCAGAUGGACGUUAUUAACCGUGCUGGCGGUACGGGGCGAAGCUGGAAAACGCUACCCUCGUUAUUUUUCAAGUUCUCUGGCACAAGCGCUGGUGUUCUCGAUAGCGUUAACUUAACCAGAGAUUUGGCGAAAAAGAACCAUGCCGAAUCCUUUGAAUUUGCCCGAGAUGAGCGGGAGGCGCACGAUUUAUGGUCGGCGCGAAAACAGUCGUUGUGGAGCAUGCUAGCGUUAAAAGAGGAAGGCUCGCAAGUAUGGUCUACUGAUGUCUCUGUGCCGAUUUCAAGACUUCCUGAUAUUAUUGAAACCACGAAAAAGGAAUUGGAUGAUCUUGGAAUUUUCGCAAGUGUCCUCGGCCAUAUCGGUGACGGAAAUUUCCACACGUGUAUUCUCUACAAUCGCAAGGACCCAAAGGAGGUAGAGCGUGUAGAGAAGUUUGUUUAUGACAUGGUUGAUCGUGCUCUUGAGAUGGAGGGUUCUUGCACUGGCGAACAUGGUAUUGGGCUGGGCAAGAAAAAGUCCCUUCAGAAAGAGCUUGGCCCAGAGACCAUUGAUGUUAUGCGCAGCUUCAAAGUAGCUCUAGAUCCGCAUUGGCUCUUGAACCCCGGUGUCCUCGGUGCCACAGGCUCUGUGGGCCAGAGGUUUAUUCUCUUGCUCGCCGAUCACCCUUUUCUAGAGCUUCAUGCCAUCGGUGCAUCGGAGCGUUCUGCCGGCAAGGCCUACAAGGACGCCGUAAGAUGGAAACAGACUGCGGCUAUGUCUGAGAAGCUCAGCAACCUUGUUCUCCGGGAUUGCAAAGCCUCUCAAUUCGCCGACUGUGAUCUUGUGUUCUCUGGUCUGAACAGCGAUAUCGCGGGUGAAGUUGAAAUGGAGUUCAUCAAGGCUGAGAUUCCCGUGUUUUCGAACGCAAAGAACUACCGCAAACACCCCUUGGUUCCCCUCGUUGUGCCAACAGUCAACCCUCAUCACUUCGAUUUGAUCCCUCACCAAAGGAAAGAAUUCGGCUUGAAGAAGGGCUUCCUCGUGUGCAACUCCAACUGCGCGGUCAUUGGUAUCGUCAUCCCUUUCGCAGCUCUCCAGGCCAAAUUUGGCCCUGUUGAAGAGGUCGAAGUGUUUACUGAGCAGGCCUUGUCGGGUGCUGGCUACCCCGGUGUACCCAGCAUGGACAUCCUGGACAACGUCAUCCCUUUCAUUAGCGGUGAAGAAGACAAGCUCGAGAAUGAGGCUCAGAAGAUCUUGGGUUCUGUUAAUGCAGAUGCCACCGCCUUCGAGGAGCAGGCUGGCCUUCGGGUUGGAGCUACUUGCACUCGGGUCCACGUUAGCGAUGGUCAUAUGGCGUUUGUUUCGCUGAGAUUUAAGAACCGUCCAGCACCGAGCGCCGAACAAGUCGUGCAGGCGCUGAGGGAAUACCAGUCUGAAGCGCAGAAAUUGGGAGCUCCUUCUGCCCCUACGGAGGCGAUUAGGGUAUUCGAUGAGGCGGACAGGCCGCAACCAAGACUCGACAGAGACAUCUGCGGCGGAUACACUGUUAGCGUUGGCCGGGUGCGUGAAGGCGCCCAGGGAGGCUACUUCGACCUCCGCUUUGCUGCUCUCUCACACAAUACGGUCAUUGGAGCUGCUGGAUCUUCGAUCAUCAAUGCGGAGAUUGCGGUUCUGAAGGGAUACAUCUGA